UCAAUUUCGUAGAGUAAUGCAAGGGAGGAUGCUGUCUGCUAUUUCCACUUUUCCAUCAAUAAAAGCUAGCCGAUUCAAAUUACUGAAUUAAAAAGAAAAAAGGAAAUAAUAUUCUCAAGGGGGCAUUAGUCCAAAAUACAAUUAACAUGGCAUCGAAAUGUCCUAAAUGCGACAAGACAGUUUAUUUUGCGGAGAAGGUGACAUCUCUGGGGAAAGACUGGCAUAAGUUCUGUCUGAAAUGUGAGCGUUGUAACAAGACCCUGAACCCAGGGGGCCAUGCUGAGCAUGAUGGAACUCCGUACUGCCACAAGCCAUGCUAUGCUGCCCUCUUUGGACCAAAAGGUGUGAAUAUCGGAGGUGCUGGCUCUUAUGUCUACGAGGCGCCUGUCAAUGAUACCCCUGCCAGUGUUUCCACGGAAACGGAGGCCAAACCUGAGGAGAAGAAAGCUCAUGCCAGAGGCCCAGUGAAGGCCGCAAGCUUCUCAACUUUCUCUGGAGAACCCAGUAAAUGCCCGAGGUGCAGCAAGACAGUGUAUUUCGCUGAGAAGGUGACGUCCCUGGGGAAGGACUGGCAUCGACCCUGUCUGCGCUGUGAGAGGUGCAGCAAGACCCUGGCCCCAGGCAGUCACGCAGAGCAUGAUGGGCAGGCCUACUGCCACAAACCGUGCUACGCCACCCUGUUUGGGCCCAAAGGGGUGAACACUGGAGGUGUAGGAAGCUACAUCUACCAUGAACCCAGCACCGAGGCAGAGACUGAGGCCCAGCCUUGAGAUUACCCAUACCCACCUCCACCCCCACCCAGACCUCUUCAACAUUGCCUCCCUUACUCUGGCCUUGUUACUAACCCCAGUCGUAGAUAGACUCACCCUGUCUGUAUUUCCAACCUCCACCCCCACCCAGACCUCUUCAACAUUGCCUCCCUUACUCUGGCCUUGUUACUAACCCCAGUCGUAGAUAGACUCACCCUGUCUGUAUUUCCAACCUCCACCCCCACCCAGACCUCUUCAACAUUGCCUCCCUUACCCUGGCCUUGUUACUAACCCCAGUCGUAGAUAGACUCACCCUGUCUGUAUUUUCAACCUCCACCCCCACCCAGACCUCUUCAACAUUGCCUCCCUUACUCUGGCCUUGUUACUAACCCCAGUCGUAGAUAGACUCACCCUGUCUGUAUUUCCAACCUCCACCCCCACCCAGACCUCUUCAACAUUGCCUCCCUUACUCUGGCCUUGUUACUAACCCCAGUCGUAGAUAGAUUCACCCUGUCUGUAUUUCCAACCUCCACCCCCACCCAGACCUCUUCAACAUUGCCUCCCUUACUCUGGCCUUGUUACUAACCCCAGUCGUAGAUAGACUCACCCUGUCUGUAUUUUCAACCUCCACCCCCACCCAGACCUCUUCAACAUUGCCUCCCUUACUCUGGCCUUGUUACUAACCCCAGUCGUAGAUAGACUCACCCUGUCUGUAUUUCCAACCUCCACCCCCACCCAGACCUCUUCAACAUUGCCUCCCUUACUCUGGCCUUGUUACUAACCCCAGUCGUAGAUAGACUCACCCUGUCUGUAUUUCCAACCUCCACCCCCACCCAGACCUCUUCAACAUUGCCUCCCUUACUCUGGCCUUGUUACUAACCCCAGUCGUAGAUAGACUCACCCUGUCUGUAUUUCCAACCUCCACCCCCACCCAGACCUCUUCAACAUUGCCUCCCUUACUCUGGCCUUGUUACUAACCCCAGUCGUAGAUAGACUCACCCUGUCUGUAUUUCCAACCUCCACCCCCACCCAGACCUCUUCAACAUUGCCUCCCUUACUCUGGCCUUGUUACUAACCCCAGUCGUAGAUAGACUCACCCUGUCUGUAUUUCCAACCUCCACCCCCACCCAGACCUCUUCAACAUUGCCUCCCUUACUCUGGCCUUGUUACUAACCCCAGUCGUAGAUAGACUCACCCUGUCUGUAUUUCCAACCUCCACCCCCACCCAGACCUCUUCAACAUUGCCUCCCUUACUCUGGCCUUGUUACUAACCCCAGUCGUAGAUAGACUCACCCUGUCUGUAUUUCCAACCUCCACCCCCACCCAGACCUCUUCAACAUUGCCUCCCUUACUCUGGCCUUGUUACUAACCCCAGUCGUAGAUAGACUCACCCUGUCUGUAUUUCCAACCUCCACCCCCACCCAGACCUCUUCAACAUUGCCUCCCUUACUCUGGCCUUGUUACUAACCCCAGUCGUAGAUAGACUCACCCUGUCUGUAUUUCCAACCUCCACCCCCACCCAGACCU